UUUGAAUCCAAACUGCGGAGUUCUCGGGUGGGGAGACUCAUAGUCCCGUUGCUACGGUAUUCAACACGGUCGAACCUCACAUGAACAUUCAACGGCACAAACAUGACAAGCCUAUCGACUGUUCUCCUGUGUCACAGCCUAUCUCUUGGUGGUUGUCCCACCAACAUACGUUACGACAGCCCUUGUGUUGCGCUAACUUCGCAGCAUCAGCUCACAGCCUCGGCUUCUGAUCCCAUGUAUAGCGACCUGCGCGUUUGAAGCACGAGAGGCCUGGGAACGCUCAUUGUACUCGUGCAUACGCGCAUGAAAAUGAUUUUGCCACAGGAGUCAGACGGCUGGCUCGAGAUCGAGAACGUGAGUUUUUUUUCAUUCGCGAGGGGAAAGCGGAGACCACCAACCCGAUAUGCGCGGGAGAACUGAUUGCAUGUGUCCUCGAGACUGUUGCUUCUUUUACGUACGCAACCCAGCCUAUUUUCCCGGUUGCGCGCUGGGUGGGAAGACUCUGGAGACGCUAUAUUAGUCUCCAUGGCAGGCGGCGCAGACGACUUUGCACCUCCGCCUGGAUCACCCCGUACCAUCACUGUGGGGAGUCUCAUGCUACUCCAGGACUCGGUGGUCUCAUCAUGAACACUACCGUGAUGCCACAUCUAUACCAUUCGCCGGCCGAGGUUUCGCACGCUCUCUUUCUCUUUCGAUGUCUUUUAUUGGUUGGCUUCACGGUGCUGGUCUGGGACGGGUUCCUCAUGUUCACCAGGGAGCUGAAGGCGAUCCGCAAGAUGGAUAAUCUCGCCUACCGCUGCGCGUUCAUAUGGAAUAGGGUCGGCGUGUUGUUUUCGCUGUCGCCGUACUUGAUAGGGCUAUUCUCACCACGGCCUUUGACUGACAAAAUAUGCCAAAAUCUCGAGAUAUCUGCCAGUAUCCUCUACGUUGUCGCCGAUUCUCUUGGAAAUCUCUCUGCGGUCGUCACUGUCUUCUUGUUGUGGAACAGAAGGCCUGGAACCUUGGCUUUAUUGCUUAGCGGAGCGGUGGUCGCCUUCUGUUGCAACAUCGUCCUGAUGGUACUGAAUUCUGUUUAUGGAUUUACCGAAAUCAAGUGGAUUCCCGACGCAGGGAUUGACUCGUGCUAUGUAGUGGACUACAGCCGGUAUAUCAUCGGUAUUUAUUCAGUCCAGCUCUGCUUUGAUGUCUACGCUGCAAUUCUGGUUUUGAUUAACGCUAUGGAUAUGCCUCGGACCGUGAACACGCAGAUCCUUGGUGCUCUCCGCUCUCAAGGAGGAUGGCUAUUGCUGGCGACGCUAGUGCUGCGACUCCUCAAUCUCCUCUUGGCCAUACUUCAUUGGACAACGUUUUGGCUUCUCGGCAUCAUUGUGAUCGAGCCACUGAUUUCUAUUCUCAACGCGAGACUCAUAGCUCAGACAUGCGAGCAUGAACCCGCUGAGCGCUCUCCUUCGCCCGAGGGUCAAGACAUAGUAUACAUGAUCGAGCUAACCACGGACAUCAAAGUCGACUCUCCGCGCCCCCCUUACGAUAGAUAUGCGAGGCGAAGUAGAAGAGUCAAGAGCGAUAUGUGCUAGAGUAGUGUAUGGUCUUAAGUUGUGGCCUGGCGCCCUCUAAGAAAUUACAGACACG